AUGAAGAGAUUAGAUGGUUCAGAGAGGCGUGUGCUUUCAUUGGCAACAGGCUACUUCGCCUCAUGGCCCAGGGGCAGUCCAGCUGCGGCCCGGGAGGAGCCGGGCACCGCCCCCGGCGCUGGGCGGAGCCGCCUGGCGGCGGGUGGAGGCGCGGGCGCCGUGGGCAAGACAGCUUUAACAGUAAGAUUCAUCACCAAAAGAUUCAUUGGGGACUAUGACCCUACUCUAGAGAUGAUUUACAGACACACAGCUGUCAUCGAUGGGGAGAUGGUGCAUUUUGAGAUUCUCGACACGGCAGGACAGGAAGAAGACUCCUUGCAGAUUGAGGAGAAGAUCAAGUGGGGUGACGGUUUUGCUGUGGUGUACUCAGUGACUGACAGGUGCAGCUUUGAUGAGGUUAUGAGGCUCUGCUUCCUCAUCAACCACAUCCAUGCAAGCCCUAAGCGGAGCAGUGGGAGUGACCAGCCGCCUGUGGUAAUUAUUGGCAACAAAAAGGACUUGCAGUUUGACAGGAUGGUAUCCUCUGAGGAUGGCGAGAACCUCUCCAAAGCCCUGAAGUAUCCAUUCUAUGAGAUCUCCACCAGAGACAGCUACGAAGAGACUGUGAUGGUGUUCAACACAUUGUACCAUGAGCUGAUGAGACAGGGGCACUUCUCCCCCGGCUCCUUCAAGAGGAGGACAGUGUCCAAGCUGAUGGAGAAGAUUCCCAGGAUGCAUGCUAACUCCACCCUCAACUCGGGUGGCAGAAGCCUGAGCUUCAACUCCUUCAGGGACUACAUACCAGAUGUGAACGAUCCACAGGAACCAGGAAGAGCCACCUACCCAUGCAGGGAACCAACGAGACUGACAGUACACCCAAUCCCAGUGCAAAAGAAACCAAAACCUCCAGUUCCCUCAAAUCUUGUUGACUGAGAGUGAUCUUGGGGGUUAGUUGAAACACUUGUGACAAAUUGGAUUUUUGGAAUUGGCCAGGUCCAUCCAGAGAGCUGCAGGAUGGCGAUCCAGUGACCACUUGUGAUAGGGCCUGGCACCACACACUGCAUGUGCUACAGAUGCACAGAAGAAAAGGGACUGGAUGGCUCAUGAGAUUGGAGCCCUUUGCUUACAUGUGGAAGGGUUUCAUAGUUUCAUAGUUUUAGGGUCGGAAGGGACCUAAUAGAUCUUCUAGCCCGACCCCCCGCCAGGGCGGGAGAACAACAAAAGAACCCUAAACAAAAAAUGGGACUCAAAUGAGUCCAGCCAGGUAGGUAUCCAGCCUCUUCUUAAAGAUUCCCAGGGUAGGGGCCAGCACCACCUCCCUUGGAAGUUGGUUCCAGCUCCUAGCCGCCCUAACGUUGACACUACUGCUAGCCUAGUUUAGUACUAGUCCAGCAUCUCUAGUUGAUGGAGAAAGAAGUCGGUCCAGUGGUGAGGAGGCAAACAUAAGAGACAUAGGUUCACUUCCUGUGCGGUUAGACACUCCCUGCAUGACCUUGGGCAAGUCACUUAACCUCUUUCCUUGGCCUGUGAAAAUCAGGAUAAGAACCCAGGGUGCAACAAUGACAAUUAAGGAUUGUGAAGUGCCCAGGGUCCCCAGUAAUAGGGUCAAUAUCAUCUCAUCCCUGGAACGCUAGCCACUAAUUCCUAAUUAUUUAAUCUCUGUGCCUGCUUUCCCUGUGUUUCUGCUGGUUAAAAUUAUAUGCUCUGCAAGAAAACAUUUAAAUGUUUAAAUUAAGAAAGAAAACUUGUUUACAGCAACUUUACUGUUUUUUUUAAAUGCCUGUUAUUCCCAGGCCCUGUAAAAUCAUUUUUGGGGGCUGAAAUCACUUGACAAAAUCUCCUUUAAAUAGCACAGUAAGUAACGAUUUAGGCAAGGCACAAAUGUCAACUGUUGCUGUCCCAGCUCAGCUGGAAUGCACCAACUACAUUUUAAUGGUGUGUGUGGGUGAUGGGGUUUGGGGUUUUUUUUAGCUGUUACACUCGUGGCUGAAGCUGUGCAUUUUGUGUUAUUUGCUGCUGUCUGUCUCCCAUUGGGUCCCCCCCUCUCCCAGGUAAGGGCCAUCCAGGCUUCCUCCAUGUUCCGCCCAAAUCUAGAACUGAUCUUCAGUUUACACAUUAUUCCAGCCUGAACAACAUAGUUUUAGAAGUGCUGCAUGCUUAUCUAUCCAAACGGAGGGUCACUAAGGGACUCUGUCAAUUCAACUGGCUUUUUACUGAUAGCAUGGUCGUUCCCUGCUGAAAUUUCCUAGUAGCCAGGAUGUGUAUAUUGCCUCCCAGGUUACCAGGUAUGUAAAUCAAGGGGCAUCUAUAGACUUGCUCUGGGAGGUGGGAAGGCGGGCGCUUUAAUUAGCGAGCCGUGCUAAUUUAAAGCGCCCAAUCCUCAUGUGUAGCAGCAUCCUUGCACUGAAUAAAUGGCGGUGGGGCACUUUGAAC